UCGCGCAUAUCCGUUUUAAACCGCUUGAUAACCGCUUCUUUUAGCAAGUCAACGUUUAUUAGUUCGGAUGUGCAUUUCGAAAAUUGCGUAAUUAUUAAAAUUUCGUUUUUUUUUUUAAAUUUAAAUCCUAUAAUCGUGCAGCUAAAGUGGGUCUUUUAACAUGCAACUUUACAGUGCGGUUACGUUUUUGGUGCUGAUUUCGUGUGCUGAUGCCACAUUUACCUCUUGUACCACCCCAGUUAUAAAAAACGGCAGGAUACGAUCCAGACAAAGAGGGAAAAUUUUAAAAUUUAUUUGCAAUCAGGGCUAUCAGUUGGCAGGAGAGAGAACCACUAUAUGUACGAACGACGGCACUUGGGACGUUCCCAUACCAAAAUGCGUCCGCGCCACCUGUGCGAAAAAAGACAGCCCGCCUCCGAACGGUGUAGUAUUAUCCUCCCACGCAGGUGCGGUUCUCAACUUCUACUGUCAGCAUGGAUAUGAAAUAAACGGACCUUCGGUUAUUUACUGUGAUGGUAUUAAUUGGGACAACCAUAAACCAUCAUGCAUACCAUCGCACACGGCAGUUCCUCUGUUUUGCGAUUUCGAAGAUGUCAACAUCUGCCAUUGGACCCACGAUUUGAACCAUGACAUGGAUUGGGUGAGGGAUAGUUACAAGACACCAACGGGAUACAGUAUGCCCACGGGACCCAGUUUUGAUCAUACCAAAGGAGAAAAUUCAAAUGGACAUUAUAUGUACAUCGAGUCGUCUUCGAGAAAAAUCAAUGAUACCGCUCGCCUUAUUUCGCCAAUAUUUGGCAAUUUGAGCGGGAAUAUUUGUUUGGAAUUUUGGUAUCAUAUGUAUGGACAAACCACCGGUACAUUAAGAGCCUACGUGAAAAAACUUUCUGACCCAUGGCCGUUAAACCCUAAAAAUGCAAUUUUUGAGAAAAGCGGCAAUCAGGGAAACGUCUGGUAUAUGGCUUAUAAGGACUUAGGACCAAUAAACGAGGAGUUUCAGAUCAUUAUGGAAGGUGUUCGUGGUGAUGGCUACGUAAGCGACAUAGCGAUUGAUGACGUCAAGUUAACCCCCGAUUGUGUAUUUGUAGAACCUACCACGGAAAUCAUCACUUCCUCCACCACGGAAAAAUGGAAACCUUACGAGACAUGUACGGACCGUUGUGGCUUAAAAUCUUAUUGGGACAACCAGUCCGACUCAGAUGUCAUUCCGUGCGAUUGUGACGAUGAAUGUUACGAAUAUAGCCGAUGCUGUCCGGACUAUAUUGAUUUAUGUAUCAUCAGUCUUACAACACAAGAUUCCACUACAACCAUAGAAGAAAUUAGAACUACUAAGCGGUUAAUCACGACCAUGUCUACGCUUAAAUCUACCAACUCUACCAGAGCCCCUCCGACAACCGCUAAGAAGUUGAUAACCUAUGGUAAGACCACUCUUACCACUCGGAAACCAAGCAGUACUUCCCAAAGGAUUCCCACUACUCUACCCAGUAUAACCACACGAAAACCUACACCACCUGUAGCAACAACCCCACCAGCGGUUGUUCAAAAAAUCAUUUCCGAAACCACUGCUUCCGGGAUCAUUUUUGUUAAACCUAAAGUAACAACAUCCGUCAACAAUGACGUGGAAAGGCCAUCAAGAAACAACGCUAAUAGUAACGACGUCAAUGAUAUAGAGCAGGAGGAGGACUCCAUUGAAGAAAAGUAUCUGCAUGACAGGGAUGAACACCUUAACGAUAUGAGAUCAGCAAAAAUUAAUAAUGAUAAUAAUAGUAAUAAUGGUAGGAUGAACAAUAUGACAGUGAUUGUAAUAGCAAGCACAUGCGUGGCAAUCGGAUUAUGCGCUUUCAUUGCUGCGAUCUUAUUGGUAAAAUAUAAAUUUAUCGGUUGGAGGAGGUCAAUUAACAGGUCCGGCCAAGGCGAUAGUCAGAGUGACGUCAGAUUUUUGACCGCCGACGAGGUUCUAGAUUUUAGUGUAAGCCAUGACGAGUUUUAAUUAAUCGGUGUAAUUAUUUUGUGGUAUUUAUUAAAUAGUUUUUACGCUAA